AUGUCCUCCAAAACUGUGGAUGAUGAUGGUGCGUCUAAUGAUAAUAGAGGCAUAGCGGCAAGUUUGAUUGAAAAAAUGGAGAAUUAUCAAUUUGUGUUUGUGAUGUAUUUGAUGAGGCGUUUGUUGGGAAUAACAAAUGAGUUAUCAUUUGCUUUACAACAAAAGGAUCAAAAUAUUGUUCAAGCAAUGCGUUUGAUUGAAGUUGUAAAGGCUCAGCUUCAAGACUUAAGGGAGACAGGAUGGGAGGCAUUUUUGGAGGAAGUUAGCUCUUUUUGUGAAGGAAACUCAAUCCCAGUGUCUAAUACGGAGGAAAAUAUGCGAAUCCGUAGUCGUUCUAGACGGGAAGGGCAAGUCAUUACUCAUUUUCACCAUUACCGUGUUGAAAUUUUCUGCGAGGGAGGUUUUGCUAGGAAGAUGGUUGAGACAGGCAAACGUAUUAUUUUUCCACUCAUUUAUCGUCUUAUCGAGUUGGCAUUGGUUUUACCAGUUGGGACAACUAGUGUUGAGAGGGUGUUUUCAGCGAUGAAUAUUGUGAAAACUGACUUACGCAAUAAAAUGGGAGACGGGUGGAUGAAUGAUAGCCUGGUUGUCUAUAUUGAGCGGGAGGUUUUUGCAACUAUAGACAAUGAAGCGAUUCUACAAUGUUUUUCAGAAAAUGUAAACUCGGCGGAUACAGUUAUCUUCUCUUAG